AUGAAUAGCGAAAGCCACCAAACAAGAGAGACUCAGAGGUUCAAAUUCUCUCUCUUCGAAAUGGCGGAAGAGAGAACCGCAAUGGAAGAGAGUCUAUUAGGAAAAGAGAUUGUUUCGAAAGUAAUGAGCAAGGAUAUUUACAUGAAAGAAAUGAAGAGGAUUUGUUAUUUAGCAGGUCCAAUGGUAGCAAUAGGCUUGUCACAGUAUUUGUUGCAGACAGUUUCAAUCAUAAUAGUUGGUCAUUUGGGUGAACUCUAUCUCUCUAGUGCCGCCUUAUCCAUCUCCUUCACCACUGUCACUGGUUUCAGCUUCCUGGUACUCUCAACUUACUACUUCAUAACCAAUUUUUUUGUUGCCUAUAUUUGA